GGGAAAUGCUUUAAUUUCCGAGGCGUUUCCGUUACUCUAAACAUCUGCGCUAAAAUGUGCUGUCGUCACGGGGCAGAAAUGAUGUGUGUUCACGGACUGAGGAACAGAACCGGACUGUGACUCGCGGGAAACUGCCAGAUUGAGCUCAAGGACACCGCUGCACAUUCACGGUAACCGGCUGCAGGUAUGGCAGAUUUGCUGCGAUGUCUCCUGAACGUGGCUGAAAAAGCCGCCAAUGUGGCCCGGGUCUGUCGACAGGAGGCCCCGCUGUUUGAACUCCUCGUGCAGGAAAAGACCGGAGCAGACAAAAACAAGAAAUUCGUCCAGGACUUUAAAACGCUUGCUGAUGUGGUGAUACAGGAAAUGAUUCGCCAUGAUGUUUGUGCUCAGUUUCCAGAACUGACUGGCUUUAUUCAGGGAGAGGAAUCCAACAAGUUUGAAAAUGGACUUGGGGAGAGUGUUACUGUGACUGUAUGUGCUCAGCAAGAGGACACGACUGCUCUGCUGGCUAAAGUUCUGGAUGGAGAUCAGACCGCUGCGUCUCUCCUGUCUGAAGUGAUCCACCAGGACCUCCAGCUCCAAGACCAGAUGGCUGAAUCCCUGCAGAUCUCCAUCAGCCCUGCCGACGUGGGCAUCUGGAUUGAUCCCAUCGAUGGGACAAGCCAGUACAUUGAAGGAAAAGAGGAAGAGGAGCCAGAUGAAGGGUUUUGUGUGUCCGGACUGCCCUGCGCUUUGGUUCUGAUUGGGGUUUACUUACGGGCCACUGGUCAGCCAGUUAUGGGCGUCAUAAACCAGCCAUUCAACCGCAAAGACUCCACAGGGAAACGAUGGAAAGGCCAGCACGUGUGGGGUGUUUCAUAUGAAGAUGUGAACGUAUGUUCGCUCGCACAACACAGACGGUCUCAUGCACAGAAGAGCGAACAUUUAUCCGUAUUAUUGAGCUCCAGUGAGCGGUCCGAGGUGAAGGAUGCGCUCGCAAAGCUCUCCAACGGCUCGCUAAUGUUCGCAUCCGGCGCCGGAUACAAAAUCCUGUGUGUUUUGCAGGGUCUAGCAGACGUGUAUGUGUUAUCUGAGGGAAGCACCUUUAAAUGGGACUCGUGCGCUCCUCAUGCGAUUCUGCGGGCUCUGGGUGGUGGAGUUUCUGAUUUGAGCGCAUGUAUGCAGGCUAAAAACACCGAAUACGCCACCGAAAUCACAUACCAUCAGCCAUCAGAGGACCAGCAGAGUUAUGGUGUGGAUCGAUGGGCCAAUCAAGGAGGAAUAAUCGCAUAUUUAGACUCCAGCGUCAUUGAGAAAGUCAUAGCGGUGCUAGCUGGAACGAUCUAACUAAUAUAAGUGCUUAUGCAAGUUUGGAACGAAACAAUCACACAUUAAGGUUUCCUUAGUUAAGUAAAACAUAAAGUACAUCCAGGAGGUUGUUAGAGAAGAGUAAAGCCUUAGCAGCUCGAGACUGAAGGGUUUAUUCCGUGAGAAUAACCGUCUGGAUGUACUUUAGCAUGCUUGAUGCAUUGACACAAGAUAUACAAAUUAGACACAAAACAUUGUUGUAAUAGUUUAUUAGUUCUUGAAUUAAAUGCUAAACUGACAGAAAUGAAAGCAGCUGAUGGAGUAUACACUAACCUGCGCAUCAUUCAGCCACAACUGCAAGGCUAACAAACACGAAACCAUUUAAAUUAAGUUUACUAUGCAAUCACUGUAUCUGUGAUCAUGUAUCCAUGGUUAGUUGAAGAGAUUUCAUUUCAUUUACAUUACAAGCUUAUGAUGAAUAGUAUGUUUAGUUUAUGCUAUAUUUUAUCUUCUUUAUGAUGAUAGUUGUAUAAUAAGAUUUAUUAGCAUAUUCAAAUAUUAAAUUAGAGCUAUAGCUAAUUAGAAAAUAAAUCAUAAUGCUUAUCUGCAAUGUACAGCGGAGAAAAUAAGUAUUGAACACGUCACCAUUUUUUUCAGAAAACAUAUUUCUAAAGGUGCUGUUGACUUGACAUUUUCUCCAGAUGUUGGGAACAACUGAAGAAAUCCAUCAAUCCAAAGAAAACAAAUCUAAAUAGUUUACAAAUGAAGAGAUCUGUAAUAAAAUGAAACGACGUAGGGAAAAAAGUAUUGAACACAUGAAGAAAGGGAGGUGUAGUUCGGCAGUGAAAGCCCAGACAGCAGCUGAAAUCAAAGGGCAACCCUCUGCCCUUACACAGUGUAAAUGAACAUCAGCUGCUUCAGUCCAACAUCUACAUUAGCAGGAGGAUGAAGAUAAGACCAGGGUGGACAUUUCAGCAGGACAAUGAUCCAAAACACAGCCAAGGAGACUCUCAGAUGCUUUCAGAGAAAGAAAAUCAAGCUGUAGAAUGGCCAAGCCAAUCACCUGAGCCGAAUCCAAUAGAGAAUACAAAUUAAAGCUCUGAUUUUAUAGAAGAGGCCCACGGAAUCAUCAAGAUUUUAACACUCUGUUGAAGAAGUCUGUGAGAAACUCACACCUGAGCAAUGCAUGUGCUUCAUUCUCCAUAUGAGAGGCGUCUUUAAGCUGUCAGCACCAAUAAAGCCUUUAAUAUAAAGUAUUAAAUACAUUUCAGUAGUUCAGCACUUUCUCCUUCUGUCAUUUCAUUGUUAUUACACAGAACUCAUCUUUCAGAUUUGUUUUGGUUUAUUUUUAUGUUUGUAUUGUUUGGGUUUUUACCGAAAUCUGAUUCAACUCCAUGUCAACAGCUCCUUUAUUAAUAUUAUCCACAGGAAAAAAGCAUCACAUGUUUAAUACUUAUUAUACUCGUAAAUAUUAGCAAGAUGUAUUUUUGCAUUCGAUUUUUGUGUCAUCCUCGUGAUGGUGUGAAUGUCCUGAUAAAAUGAAGUGUUACGGAAGGAAAGCAGGAUUAUCACACACAUACACACACCCAGAUUCAUGGCCUUUUACGGUGUUUUGUAAUAUUUGAGUGUAAGAAGUGAGUCCUGAGAGUGGAAAACAGCGGAAACACAUCUGACCUGCUGCAGCUUUCAUCUCUUAAGUGUCGGUGGAUAAUAAUGAAUAUGGUGUAAAAACGAAUGUACUGUUAAAUGUCAAGUGAGAAAUUAUAUAUAAGUAAAUUAAAUAUAAGGCACUGAUCAUAUUUAAAUGCUGUAAUAAAGCCGUUGUGAAUUUUUAAA